AUGUCCGAGCCAGUUCCCAAGAAGGGGCUUGCCGACAAGCUCGAGAAGAAGCGCAAGAGACAAGCGGACGAAUCAACCGAAGACAAGCCCGAAGCAGCCACCGCAGCUCCGGCAGCAGCGCAAGACGGUCCGAGCAAGAAGAAGCGCAAGAACAAGAAGAACAAGAAGAAGACCGAGGAUGAUGUGACGAACCAGGACCGCAAGGACGGGAUCGACCAGUCUAUCGGGAGGAUGAAUGGGUCUCUGCUGGCGGAUUACUUUGCUCAGCGCGCAAAGAAGCUCGAUAAGGAGCUUUCUGCCGUUGAGUUGAAUGAUAUUUCGGUUCCUGAGUCCGCGUUCCUCGAUACUACCUCGUUCGAAUCGACCCGGUCAUUGGAACAGCUUCCUGCUUUUCUCAAGAAAUUCAGUCCCAAGGGUGCCGACUUGUCCAAGUCUUCUCAGAAGGAGGGUACUCCCCAUACACUAGUGAUCUCUGCUGCCGCGCUCAGGGCUGCGGAUGUCGUCAGAGCGCUUCGGUCCUUCCAGAACAAGGAGUCUAUCGUUGGAAAAUUGUUUGCGAAACACAUCAAGUUGGAAGAGGCCAAGCAGUUCCUCCAACGCGCCAGGACGGGGAUUGGUGCUGGUACACCACAGAGACUGUCUGAUUUGUUGGAGUCCGGAACCCUCAAAGUGGACGAACUGGAGCGCAUUGUCAUUGACGGAUCCCACAUUGACCAAAAGCAGCGUGGCAUCUUCGAUAUGAAGGAGACACAUCUGCCUCUCUUGAAGCUCCUGACUCGGCCAGAGCUUCGGGACCGGUACGGAUCGAAGAAGAACAAGAUCCAGAUCUUGAUGUUUUGA